UGUGCUCUGCCUCCUGCCGGCACCAUCCUUCACAUCCACGGAGCGUCCAGCCCACGCGGAGGAGAUGGAGAAGAGCGAGAUCAACGGACACGCCGUGUCGGGCUCCGUGUCCGCGGAGCAGAUGGUGGAGAAGCCCUCCGAGAGGAGCCCGCGCGCGCGGCUGAUGGAGUUCCUGCGGAGGAACCUGCUGGUCAUCCUCACCGUCUCCGGCGUCCUGGUGGGCGUCGGGCUCGGCAUGGUGGUCCGCGGCAUGGAGCUGACCAAAGCCCAGAUGAGCUACUUCGCCUUCCCGGGGGAGAUGCUGCUGCGCAUGCUGAAGAUGAUCAUCCUGCCGCUGGUGGUCUGCAGCCUGGUGUCCGGGGCCGCCAGCCUGGACACGCGCUCCCUGGGCAAGCUGGGGGGCAUCGCGGUCGCCUACUUCCUGGUGACCACGCUCAUCGCCUCCGGGAUCGGGGUGGCCCUGGCCUUCAUCAUCAAGCCCGGGGAGGGCGCCGGGGCGCUCAACACCAACCACCUGAGCCUGGAGUCGGUCAGCAGCAACAAGGAGACCGCGGACUCCUUCCUGGACCUGGCCAGGAACUUGUUCCCAGCCAACCUGGUGGCGGCGGCCUUCCGCUCGUAUGCCACCGACUACAAGAUGGUGCCUGCAGGCAACAGCAGCAACGGAACGCUGCUCUACCAGAAGGUUCCUGUUGGUUCAGAGACCGACGGCAUGAACAUCCUGGGUCUGGUUCUGUUCGCCAUGGUUUUCGGCGUCGCUCUCAGGAAGCUUGGAGAGGAGGGGGAGGAGCUUAUUCGCUUCUUCAACGCCUUCAAUGAGGCCACCAUGGUGCUGGUGUCCUGGAUCAUGUGGUACAUCCCCUUCGGCAUCAUGUUCCUGGUGGGCAGCAAAAUCGUGGAGAUGGAGGACGUAGUUCUGCUGGUCACCAGCCUGGGCAAAUACAUCUUCGCCUCCAUCCUGGGCCACGUCAUCCACGGCGGCAUCGUGCUGCCGCUCAUCUACUUCGCGCUCACGCGCAAGAACCCCUACAGCUUCCUGUCCGGCCUCAUCACGCCGUUCACCACAGCCUUCGCCACCUGCUCCAGCUCGGCCACUCUUCCCUCAAUGAUCAAGUGUGUGGAGGAGAACAACGGCGUGGACAAACGCAUCAGCCGCUUCAUCCUUCCCAUCGGUGCCACCGUCAACAUGGAUGGCGCUGCCAUUUUCCAGUGUAUCGCUGCGGUCUUCAUCGCGCAGCUGAACAACUCGGAGCUCAAUGCUGGACAGAUCUUCACCAUCCUCGUGACGGCGACGGCCUCCAGCGUAGGAGCUGCUGGAAUCCCUGCAGGCGGCAUCAUCACCAUCGCCAUCAUCCUGGAGGCCAUCGGGCUUCCAACCAAUGACCUGUCCCUCAUGCUGGCUGUCGACUGGAUCGUCGACCGCACCACCACGGUGGUGAACGUGGAGGGUGACGCUCUGGGCGCUGGGAUCCUCCACCACUUCAACCAGCAGGAGAUGAAGAGGCAGCAGGAGCUGCACCACCAGCGCGACGAGGAGCUGGCGGAGGUCCGGGUGGAAGCGGUGGCCAACGUCCAGGCCGAGGAGGAGACGUCGCCGCUGGUCACGCACCAAACCAAAGCCGUGGAGGGGAUGCCCGAGGCCAUCGAGUCGGUGCUGUGAGCCUCACCAGACUUCUGGGUGACACAGUCAACCUGAAGACAAGCAACGUACCACAGCUGAGAGUUCACCGUGCACAUGACGUCCCCCCUCCCCCUCAAUCUCCCCGCAUCAGCUCCAUCAAAUUGUUUCAUCAAAGUUGUCAGACGAGAAACACUCAAACAAGUAACCACAGACGAUUUUCAGUCUGACUUGAUGUUUAAAAGCUAUUGAUGAAUUGGACAAUUCUCUUACUAAUAUUCUUCAUAUUUAUUCAGGUAUCUGUUCAACAUUUUUGAUACCAACUUUUUUAACUUCAAAGUUCUCAAUCGUCUCAUAAUAUCACAACAUUUCCCAUACAAAUGAAGAGAUAUUGACAUUACCUGUGCUUUGAAACACGACCUUUGACAUUCCUACAAGGAAGGCUAGCAUGUAUCUCACAUGGUACGCUCAAGCUCACAUUAGCAUGUUAGCUUUUCCUCAACAAAAGCUGCUCCUGGUGUGUUUAAAAGGUACAAAGCUGCUAAUUUGGCACCAGUUAAUUCAAGCAACCAGGAUUUUAUGACUGAACUGUGAUGAGCAAGCUAUUUAGCAAGGCGCUAGCUAUGAAUUAGCCCGGCCGUUUUGUCAACCGUUUACCUGGCUAAUGUGCCAAUGACCGUUAAUUCAUGUUGAAACGUAUUCUUUUGUACAUUUUUCUAUCUGAUACUGUUGUGUUGUCUUUAAUUGUUUACUUGUAGAUGGCUUUUCAAUAACACUAUCUUAACUAAAUACUAAUGACUGACUUGUUUAACAGCUCUCCUCCAGAAGUCGGGCUGAAUUUUCUCAGUCGUCCACGUGUCAUUGUUGACGGACCAAACUGCCUGAUGUGUUGACAAAAUGUUCUCUUCAUCCUCUCCGUCUCGAGGCUAAUAUCACCCAGUGUUAAUUCAUGUGACGACCAGCUUUCGCUGUGACACUUCUAGCGACACGCUUGAGAUUGAAAUCAACAUUUCGCAGGGUUUUCACACCAAAGUGGUGAAAGGGAAGUGGCUGAUAUAUUUAAUAUUUAUUUGGGCGACUGCGAGGAGGACAAGCGUUUGGAUCACUUUUCAUUUCGAUGUGGCUUUGCUUUAACAGCUGUCUCAUCAUGCGGCGUCGCGUCUGUCUGAGACAGAGCUUUGCGUCGAGUUGGAAAAUCUCUCGCUAAAUCACUUUCUUGAGAAGUUUAACUCCUCACACACACUGGCAUUAAUUUAUUACAAUUGUCUUAGUUUUUGUACUUUCUACUUCUAACUUGAGCUCAGUGUUUUUAUGAGUACACUUUUGGAAUGAGUCAGAUUUAUUGCUUUAGCGCGUUUGAAAUGGUAGCUGCUGUCGUGCCUGUUUGUGUCUGACACUGUACGGUCCUGUUUGCCACCGCUGAAGGAAAUAAAGCACCUUUUG